ACAGCAUGGGGGUGAAAGUGGGAUACGCGCAUUGGCAACUCGAGAGUAUAGGCGAGGGGGGCUUUGCACUCCCGGGGAGAUGAAAAGGAACGACCAAUGACGACUGCUUAUUUUAAAACAAGCGCGUAUUCAUUAGGGAUUUCAUUAAUUUGUAUUUUUUGACGUAACAAUGACAUCUACGCUUGCGCUCAGAUCGCUAAAAAGAUCGCGCCGAAAAUAUCGCGCCAAAAGUGUUGUGUUUUGUCACUCAUCGUUCAACGUGUUACCGGAAUACGUUAGUGAGUCAAUUCCUGGUGUUGAGCACCGACCAAAAAGAUAAGUAUCUCUUCUUUUGCUAACAUAACUUCAUCUUUUUGAUUGGUGUUUCUUUCUAUUUUAAAGGCAUUGGUCUCUGGGCUGGGGUGACGGAUUUUUGAUUUCUACUACUCAAGCGAACUUUAGUCAUGGCUGGUUAUCGCAAAUAUUCCUGCAAAUACCCCGGAUGCACCAGUGGUUAUGUUCCCAACAAAGGACAUGCCAACAAGCAUUUCUUCACUUUCCCUAAGAAUCCAAAGCUUCACGAAUUGUGGAGGAAUGCCUGCAAAAUUGAGGAUCCUGUAAGUUCAAAAUUUUGGCGUUUAUGUGAGGAUCAUUUUGAAAGUCGCGAUUUUGUUAAUGAGAGGAAGGAUAAAUUAAAUCCACAUGUAGUUCCAAAACCAUGCGUUAUGGCCCCACAAGAGGAGUUUGUUGAGGUUUCACAAACAAAUCUUUCUGUUACAGAAGAUAAUUUUGUGGAAAAUUCAAUAAAUCACCCAUCUUGUAUUUGCAAUUUGCCUUCAACAUCCAAUGCCAGAUGUUUUGCUCAUGGACUUCCUCUUUUUACAAACAGUGAAGUAAUAAUAGGCAACAAUACUGUUCAACAAGACCACAAUUAUUGUCAGGGAAAUAAUGCAAUCACUGGGAGGUGCAAAAAAUUUGCUUUUUUGAAUGAAGGUGACAAAAAUGGUAUUUUAAACAAAAUGAGACUUUCAAGGGCGGAUUUAACAUCAAGAGAAAAGCAAAUGUAUCACAUUCAUAGAAAUGUCACUUCGCGCUUAUCGAAGUUGCAAAAAUUAUUGCAACAAGAGAGGAGCAAAGUAAAUACUCUGCAAGAUUUAUACAACUCUGGCAAAUUUGAAUUCAUUGAUGAAAACCUGAAUUCUGUAACGAAGGAAUUCAUCAAUUCACAACUCAGAAACGCGACCAAACCACCAUCGGGGCGCAGGUGGAGUGAACAGGAUAAAGCAUUUGCUUUAUCUGUUUACAAACGCAGCCCACGGUUGUAUAAAUAUUUGCAAACUUAUUUUCAAUUGCCCUCCUCGCGGACCUUGAAAGCCAUUUUAUCUAAAAUUCCAUUUGGUCCUGGAAUUAACGAGGCAAUUUUGGGGCACUUGCAAGGAGAAGUCAUCAAAAUGAAAAGUCAAAAUCGAUUUUGCACUUUGAUUAUUGAUGAAAUAUCCUUAUCCCAUGGAUUUCAUUAUGAGGCCCACCAACAAUUAAUUAGUGGUUUUGAAGACUUGGGUUCUUUGGGGCGGACAAACAAGGCAGCCAACCACGCUCUUGUUUUCAUGGUCCGAGGCAUCAGAAAGCAAUGGAAACAAGUAGUUGCUUAUUAUUUUACUGCUCAUACGGUUUCUGCUGACAAUUUAAAGGUUCUGAUUAAAGAAAUAAUAGGUCGACUUCAGGAAAUUGGCCUUGAAGUUGUUGCAACUGUUUGCGACCAAGGUCCAACAAAUCAAAAAGCCUUGUCUCAGCUCUGUGCUGAACGACACCCCAGGCAAGGAUCCUAUUAUUUCUUUGUCAACAACCGGCCAAUUGUCACGAUUUUUGAUGUGCCGCAUUUAUUAAAGAACACCCGAAACUCGCUAUUGCGAUGCAAGCUUCAAUUUGAACCACACAAAUGUGCCAAAUUCGAACACAUCGAGGCCGUUUUCAAUCUUGACCAGCAAAAACAAUUUAAAUCGUUGCCGAAAUUAAAAAAAGAGUAUUUCAAUUUUAAGGAUUCCUAUGUGAAAAUGAAAGUCAAAGUUGCUGCCGCCCAACUCAGCAGCUCAGUGGCUAGUGCAAUUGAGACGUUCUCUGUUUUUACAGACAAAUUGCCAGCCGACGCCAUUUUCACGGCAGAAUUUGUCAAAAAAAUUGAUGAUUUGUUUGACUCUUUGAACGGUUCGCGAGUUUUUCCAACUGACUCAAAAAAGUACCGGUGUGCUUUGACAGAUGAGUCGCCCCAUUUGGCAUUUUGGUCAAAAUUGUUAACGGAGAUGGGCCAUUGGAAACUAAUAGAUUUGAAAAAUGGAACUGAUUGUACCAAUCAGUUUUCAUUCGUCAAGGGUUGGCAGACGACAAUCAGGUCUAUUAUUUUUUUAUGGAAUCACCUCAAAAACAUCGAUGGGUUUGAUUUUUUGAACUUGAGGGGUCUAAACCAAGACCCCUUGGAGAAUCUUUUCUGUAGUAUUCGCCAGCACGGUGUUGCAAACACGAAUCCCACAUGCCACCAGUUCACAGCUGCCUUGAAAACCGUAGUUGUUAACAAUUUGGUUUCACCAAAAGGCUGUGGUAAUUGUGAGGAUGACGAGUGCACGCCUUUGGAAAACUUGGGGAGAUUAUUGAACUUUUCAGGGAAUGAGGAAAGAGAGCAGGAAUCGCAUCCAGAAAUUUCAGUGGACUUUUCUACAUUACAGCAACCAGACCUUUGCUGUGAAGACAGUCAAGGUUUGGCUUAUGUUGCUGGCUAUGUAUUGAAGGAAAUUGAGGUUCCUGAUUGCGAAAACUGUCAGAAUAAACUAUAUUCUGAGGAGCCGACAGAGCACCAUCUCUUAGUCUCAUUCAAGGAAUUUGACGAUAAUCAGCGGCGACUGAAGUAUGCUAGUGAACAUGUAAUGUGGCUUGUUCAAAACAUUCAUGACUGUUUAUACAGUUUCCUUGAUACCUAUGCUCACCACGCAAUGUUGGAAGACAGGUUCAAAGAAAUUUAUAAAUCUCAGUUUGAUUUUGGGCCAGCCUAUUGCAUGACUCACGACUGUGAUAAUUUAAUAUUAAAUAGGUGUACCACCUUUUUAAUAUAUAAAUACACAAGAGACAAGCAGAAAGCAAAAUCCGUUACCACCGGUCAUAUAGAAAAAAUGAAAAAAUUCCGAAGGCUGUGAUUUGUAAAUAGACUGUGAUUUGUACAUAGAAGGCUGUGAUUUGUAGAUAUAUAUUUAAACAAGAAAUGUAUUUUUUUUUUAAUUUAUUUGUACAUAGUUCUUUUGGAGGAAAUAUUUCUGUUUUAAUUUAUAUAGUUUAAAAUUGUUUGUUAAGUUUUUUGAUGUUUUUUAGAAUUCUCUAUUUAGGUUAUUUCAGAAUUUACUUUUAAGUUUCUUAUUUGCGCUCGAGUGUGUCAGUGCACUGCAUGUACCUCCUCGUGGUCGUAGCGCGGGCAACUGUUUGCUGACAGACAAGGUAAAAGUCAUUGCAAAGAAGGCCUUAUUUUGUUUUAAGUCUGGAGCAGACAGGCAAAACAUGCCAACACUGACUGAUUCAAUUUUUUGAUAAUUUUUGUAUAAUUAAGAAAUAAUACAAUACUUUAAUUUUUUGAAAAAUUUAAUUUGUUAUGUUACUCAAGUGUGCAAUAAAAAUGUUAACAAAA